AUCGAAUUACACAUAACCGUUAUUUUCAUGUGUCGUUUGUUGUGGUGUCCAUUUAAAUCCCUUUAAAUUCUUCACUUUGUUUAUAGUUAUAUUUUUAUGUUAUUAAAACAAAAAUAUGGCUCAGCCUUCGAUUGCGUGUUAUUUUAAUGCAAGGAAAAGGUCAGCAAUUGAAGAUACCAAAAUAAAUCACUCAAAGAAAGUAUUAAUUCUCGAUGCAAAUGAGCACGAUGGCAGUGAUGUGUUGUGUAAAAACGAAUCAAUCAACGUAAUUAGAUCAUAUUGUGAUUUAAAAGAUGUCUCAUCAUCUACAAAAUUAUCUGAAUUACAAGAAAAGAAAAAAGUUGUUGGUGCGAAUAAAAUUGUAAGUAACAAUUUCAAUAAGCAGAAGCCAGUAAAAAAGAUGGUGGCUACGAGGACCAAAGCCCUACGAACUCCAUCCAAUAAUGGAGACAUCCAAAAUUUGUUCAAUAACAUGAAAUCGGAGACAAGUAAAGUAACAGAAAUCACUGUACCUAGAGAAAUCACAAAUCACAUUACACCCCCAAACACCCCAACGAAAACCACUAACGCCUUGGACAAGGUGAGAGACAAGCCAGAUGGGCCUUCCCUAAAGGAAAUUAAAAGGAAAAUGACAAGAAGCGCUCGCUUAGCUGAAUUGAAAGCUUCUAUAGGAAGAUUCCAGGAUAAUGUGGUUAAGCUAAAAGAAAUUGAAAAGAAAACUUCUGAUAUUCCUGAAUCCCCAAAAUUGAAAAGUUUCAGGACCAUUGAGUUGGAGGUGCAUACAAGCCCACAAAAAAUAUUCUCACCUGAAAAACAAUACUUGAGUCCUAAAAAAGAUCUAGGAGCGAGAAGAAACCUAUUCAACCUUCUAAGCCCUACAAAAAACGCCAUAUCAUUAUCCUCUGAUAGUCCUGCCAGACAGAUCCUCCAAGAAACGUCAAAACCGGCUUUAACGUUACCAUAUAAAUACAGAUAUACGGCGGAGAUAUUUAGAUCGAUAGAUAUCGUCUGUCAAAUCAUGUUCAACAGAAAAGAGACCAUCACAUUUAGAAAACUCAAACCAGCCGUCGAAGAAAUGCUGAAAAGAAACAUAAUGGAGAAGCAUUUGGCUCAAAUAAAAACCAUAUAUCCGAGCGCUUACGAUUUUACACAAGAAAAACUUAAAGUUUUUGGAACAGGAAUGAAACAGGAACAAUGGGAGCUUGUAGUGACGCCGAAAUUUGGAGACAUUGACCACAUGAAUUCGGAAAUAUUGUUACAACGAAGGCGGACACUGUUUGGUAUUCUUCUUGAUAAAGUUAAACAUUACCAUGACGAAUUCUUGUCUUUGCUGGAUCCUCCUAUUGUUUUAAAUAAACAGAAACUUACCAGGUGGCACCCCGAAUUUGACAUUGAGAGAGUACCAGACAUUGAAUACUCAGAGUUACCACAACCACCAGCAGAAGAGAAAUUUACGACUGGAAAAGAUGUACUAGAAAAGGCCAAGCAGAUGUACAAUUGCAAUACAAGAAUGGAACAGGCUCUGCACAGAUUACAGGAAAUGAAGAACACUCAAACUCCAGAGGCUAAACAGAAGGAAGAAGGACAGCCUGCUUCAGUUUUGAGAGGAAUUCCUAAAGCUCUGUUGGAAAAAGUAAGACAAAAACAAGCAGCCAAAGCCCUUCUAACGAUGACAAGGUCUGUUGAUGAGGAAAAGCAGCUGAAAAUUUAUUCAAGGCUACCAGAAUUGGCCCGUUUAACAAGAAAUCUCUUCGUUUCUGAAAAGAAAAGUGUCUUACCACUGGACGUCCUUAUAGAAAAACUAGGUAAUUGUUAUAGAGCUCAUUUGACGAAAGCAGAGAUGGAAGAGCAUCUUAGGGUUAUAUCCAAAGAAUUUCCUAGUUGGUUGGUGUUGCAUGUCGUCAGGAAUUGUGUAUAUGUUAAGAUAUCUAAAAGUGACGAUAUAAGUUUGAUUAUACAAAAACUGGAGAGUUUGGUUAAGCAAAAAAGUGAAUUAUAAAGAUUAUUAUUUAAGAUGCUUGUUUCAAUUAUUUUGAAAAUUAUUCAGUGACUGAUUGUAGUUAAGAUUAUGCAUAGAAAUAAAGUUUUGGCUUGUAUUAGAGGUUAU